GCAUUUCAUUAGAAAAACUUUUUGCGAACACGCGAGUUUCAAAUCUGUUUUCUUCGAAUUUACCUGGAAACGAAACUAGACAGGACACUCUUAGCCAAGUCCACAAAUAUGAGUGACAAUGAUGAGGACACGACUCUCUGCAAAAACUGUCGAAGACAGAUUGCUACAUCAAAUUUUGUAUUGCAUGAAAUGCACUGCAAAAGAAAUAUUUCCCUCUGUGAACAUUGCAAUGAGCCGAUUCCUAGAGCAGAAAUGGAAGUUCACUUCGAGGAGAACCAUGCCAAAAUACCUUGUCCCAAGUGUAACAAAGAAGUGGAGAAACAGCAUUUGGAAAUUCAUGAGGAACAAGAAUGUCUCAAAAGACCAAUCAAGUGUGUUUACUGUGAAAUGGACGUGGCUAAGGGAGAGUUAGAGGAACACCAGGGAUACUGUGGAACCCGCACAGAGAACUGUAUACGAUGUGGACAGUUUAUAAUGGUGAAAGACAUGGCUCAGCAUGAGGAGUCCAGGUGUAACUACCGAGAAAUCCAACCCAAGAACAACAAUAACACACCGGUGGAUAUUCCCCAUCUCCCCAGUAAUGGAUCAGUUACAUCAAACAGGAGAGCAGCCCCUCCAGUGGUGGAUGACUCAGAUGAUUUCUUGUUUGGAUCAGGUGAAUUAAAUUCCUUCCAGAUGGAUGAGAUCCAGAGAUUACUGGGAGUGAAUGGGAUGGGACCCUCACAUCAGACAAGGGUGACUCCCCCCACUCGGACUACCGCCCGGGGAGGGACCCAGGCUGUCAGCAGUAAGAGUAAGAAAAAGGAGGUCAACUUAGAGAGGAGGAAUGGAAAUGGAGAAGUCGGUCAUAACCAGAACCAUCAUGUCCAUGACCAAACUUUUUUGCCCUGUGAAUUUUGUGGAGAAGCAUUUCCCAUUGAUGUGCUUGUUUUACAUCAGGGUUCCUGUACAGAGGACCAAUUGAGCUCACUAAUGGCAGACACAAAUCUCAGAGAGGAAUCUGACAACAGAACAAACUACCCCAUUUAUCCCAUUCAAAGACCUCUCCCUAACGUCAUCGAUAACCUCCAUAGUUACAUGGAUGAUUCUGAUCCCACAGGGUUUAUUAAUGACGUCAGCCCAGUAGAACCACAUGAUGACCUGAUGCUUCCAUGUGAAUUCUGUGAUGAACUAUUCCCACAAGAUGUUCUUGUUCAACACCAGGCAGUUUGUGAUUCUGAUGCAUUAAAAACUCCAAGAGUGAUGUCCCCUGUAGUAAGAAGCACAGGUGCCAACCUUAAAAGAGUCUCAAACACACCCAGGAACAAACCACAACAUACUCCAAAUAUCAAUUCAAUUAUUUACGGCAGAGAUCAUAAUGCAACCCCUCCUGGACCCCACUCGCGAGACCUGGAUCACACGCUGCGGAAAUAUGGAAGUUCCUCUUUUGAUGUGUAUGGUUCAAGAGGUCAACAUCGAACAAGUGAAAGUGAAAAUGUCUCUCCUCCGUCCCCUAGGAGGUCUACUUCUAGGACCUCCGUGAGCAGUGCUGCUCGCACCAGAAAGACAUUAGGUAGCCUGCUCAGUGAUAAUGACUCUCCCCUCCCCUCAUCCAGGCAGGCAGGUAUACGCAGGACAGGGGAUUCAAGGGAGGCUACUGGGUCCUUUGUUGGGAUCCCAAGCACAAGAAAGAACAAUGUGAAUUUAAAUAAUCUUGCCAAACAGUCUGCAUACUCUUCUGUUAGUUCUAGUCGAGGACCUGGUGCUGUAUCUAAAAGAAAUGAUGCAAAGAAAACAAACACAGGGGCCAGUCGACGAGACUAUCUUGACCCAGACUUAGAAGUCGGUAACCUACGUCCAACAAGUUAUUCCAGGUCACAGAGGAACUCAGAUGGUCAGUACCUACCAUCCACUCCCGGUCAGUCUAACACAAGACAGAGGGACAGAACAUUUGACUACGGUGGGGAAAGGACAACCAAAAAUAGAAAUCCAACAAAAAGAAGAGACCAGUAUUAAAACGAAAGACUACUUUUGAAUUUUGAACUUCACGCUUAUUCAUUUUUGAAGUAAUAUAAAAUAUCUAAUUUCUGCUUCAUAGUUGUGACCCUUUCGUUAGUAUUCUUAGGAAAGAGGUGCAUUUUUAAUUUAAAUCACUGUAGAUUCUGCCUUGUGGAUCAAGAGCUACCAUAGCUGAUUUAAAAGUUCUUUAAUUAGGCAUUGAUUUUUCUUUACUGGGUUUUCACUGCUAGUUUUUUUGUUAUGAAGUGCAGGAAAAGCAUGAUUUUUGAUAUACAAGUAAUGUAAUGUAUAUAUAAAUUUUGUAAGUCAGGUGACAUUGUAUUUUUUUU